GCCUUUUAUCAUACCACAAACUGCUUUUAUCACUUUGUUAUCAUAUACAUUAAGAGCCUUCUAUGCCAUUUUAUCUGCUUGUUCAUUUCCUUUAACACCUAUUGUGAGUAGGGACCCAACAAUACUGCAUUUCUAUACCGAUCCUCUGUCAUCUUAAAAGCAUUACAUAUAUUUCCAUCAUCAGAUCUUCUCUGACUGUUUGCCUUGAUGACUGGAGCUGUUUGUUUGCAGUGGGAACGGUUUUUGACCAGACUACAAGGCAUACUCUGCAAGUUUGAGCUAAAUGGCUCCCAUAGCCAGGUGCACUUUGAUUACUUGGAUGUGGAUGAGUGAAAUGAACAGUUGCUAGCAGCUAGCUCGAGCAUGAAUUAAGGCCCAAUCUGGACCAGCAAAAACGUAUGUUGCUUCCUUGAUAUUUGGGCAGAUAGGACUUUUCUUCAGGACCUUCUUAUUAUUUUUACAUUCUUGACCAAUUACCGCAUUGAACGUUGCUAUAUGGCUUUGAGUGAUGCAUUUUGUUUCACUGAAAGUUUUUUGUGGGAUAACAAACGAAACCAAUUACUGAUUUGGACCAGAGCAAACAAACUACUGUAAAUGCCCUUAGUCUUGUACCUUGGAUCAAUGCUUUGUGCUACAGAUUUCAAUGCAUGGUAACAAUCUUUCCAUAGCCAUAACCAAUUCAGUUACCCAGACUUAACCAUACAGAAACCAUGCUUUAGUUGCUGUAUAUUGUAUGGAAAACAACUGCAGAAGCACAUGCAAGCAAUGUUAACAGUAGUUCUUAGACGACAAUGUUGGAUAAGAGAGUGAAGCACUGUUGGUUUUUUUGGGGGGUGUGACUCAGUUGUUGCCCUACAGCUCAUUUUGACUACUACUACUAUAAAGAGUUUGGGAAGCCAACACCUAUACCAGAGCUGUUAAGAUGGGUUUCAACAAGUAUCAACUGAUUUAAUUCUGUCAGAUCAAGAAAUCUGGUCUUCUUUUAACUCCUGAUGUUCAUUCAGCUGCAAGCUGACAUUAAUGCGUGAAAGAGAUCCAAUAUGUAAUUUUCCAUUAUAAAGUUGCAACAUUUAAAAAGUUGAAAUAAAUAGUUACAAUGUGCCACUGAAUUUAAAAACCAGUAGUGAUGCUAACUGAACCUCGGUGAUCACGGCAAACUAACUGGUGGAAGACAUAGAGUGGUAUGAGUGUUGAAGACGGCACGAACAGCACCCUCAAGCACCCACGAGCUGCAGGCCUGAACGCAUAAAUGACAGGGUGGUGGAAUUAAACAAAUAACUCUGGAAUUCGAGACUCAUUUCUUCGUGUAGUUCUUCACCAAUUUACCCCCCAUUCUCUUCACUGCUUUAAAAUAUUUUAUAACGAUUAAUUGAAUCUAGUGGAUUUUACUUAAAAUUAAUGUUUAUUUUAGUUUUUGAGGACAAAGUUGUGUUGUCAUUGAACUCAACAUACUGUUCUAGAUAUGUUCUCUACUGUACUACAUACAGUAUGGGCAUCUAUCUAAUUCUGUACAGAGUGUAAUUACCUUGCUGCCUGCAGGGAACCUCCUGCAAGACCAGGUCCCUCCUGAGGAUUAACAAGUCUUUUUCUCUUUAUAUUACUACUAAAUCUAAAACAGCUUUUACUGUUGUGCUCCAUCAACCAACACAAUCAACACCCCAACUUCCUUUUAUCAAUUAGUCAAAUGUGUCUCCUCUCAUUCACUGUCUACAGUAUGUGUCACCAUAACUCCACAAACGUAAUGCUGAAUGAUUCAGUAAAACCCCAGCUUACAUUCUCUAAGAAAGUAGUCAGUUAUGCAGAUAGUUUUGGUUUGAUUUUUUCCAGGUUUAAAUAUAUACUUCACUGUUAACACUGUGUUCUGUGGAACAUUUCUGUCCCAGUUUUCAAUUUUAUUAAAUUUUAUUAAAUUGAACACAAAGGGUGAUUUGGUUGGCAGAGUAUGUUACUUUGUAUUUUGUUCAAUUUUUGAUUGCAGAAUCACAAGAAAAAAGAGGGACUUCCAGGAGAGUAUGCAGAGUAUAUGAAUCUCCCCCACAUAAUCCCUCCAAUCCUGGAUUUGAAUUUAAUGAAGAAACAUAGAAUUGCAUCCCUAAGUAGCACAAAGAGGAUGCUUUCAGAGCAUGAGAACUUGGAUAGUCACUGUCCACCAGACCUUUACUUGCACACAUGCAUUCAAACAUAAGCUAUAAAAUCAGCUGAUCAAACUGAGUUCAACAUAUCCAGUGAAAAAGACUUAACUAAUUAAAACUUUUGUUGAUGCUUUAAAGUUUUCACUUUUUAUCUAUCUUGCAAUAGGAUGAUUAGCAUUCAAAGGUGAAUUUGUGUAAUAAUAAAGUAGCCCCCCCACUACACUCCCCCGACCACAUACAUGCCUCUCAGAAAGCCCCCAGCUAUCGAAGUAAGAAUGUCUUUGCCAACAUCUUUCCACCCCUUUCACCCUGCGGCUCCGAUGCCAUUCUGUGAGUACCUGGGUGUGUCGAGCCCUGAUCGCUUUACAGGGAUGGCACUGUUAACAGUCGGACAGGUUGAGCUGCUCCGAGUCAAUCUACCUGCCUGCAAGUGCACCUUCCGGGAUCCAGCAGAAACUAAACCAGCCAUGUCUUUGAGAUCCAUGAGCGUGAAAACCGUCAGGUCCAGCUACAGUGGAGGCGGCGGCGGCGGUGGUGGUGGUGCCAGUUUCAGCAGUGGCGGGUACAGCGGUGGCAGCCGUGUAUCAGUAGGAGGAGGAGGAGGAGGAGGAUUUUCCUCAAGAUCUGCCGUUAUGCUUAGACCAUCAUACUCUAUAUCAUCAUCCAGCAUUGGAGGUGGAAUGGUUAGGUCAAGCAUGGGUGGUGGUGGUGGUGGUGGUGGUUUUGGGAUUGGUUUUGGUGCUGGUAGCGGCGGCGGCUGCGGCGGCGGUGCUAGUUUUAGUUCUAGCUACAGUCUUGGAGGUGGUUUCGGAAUGGGUGGUGGAGGAGGUUUCGCAGUGCCCCCGAUCACAAAUGUCCAAGUCAACCAGAGCCUGCUGACCCCCAUGAACCUUUCGAUCGACCCCAACAUCCAGACUGUCCGUACCCACGAGAAAGAACAGAUCAAGACCCUAAACAACCGCUUUGCUAGCUUCAUUGACAAGGUCCGCUUCCUGGAGCAGCAGAACAAAAUGCUUGAGACCAAGUGGAGCCUCCUGCAGGACCAGACCGUCACCCGCUCCAACAUCGACGGCAUGUUUGAGGCCUACAUUGCCAACCUGCGCAGACAGCUGGAUGGGCUUGGCAAUGAGAAGAUCAAGCUGGAGGGAGAGCUGAAGAACAUGCAGAUGCUGGUGGAGGACUUCAAGAACAAAUAUGAAGAUGAAAUCAACAAGCGUGCCAGCGUGGAGAAUGAGUUUGUUCUCCUCAAGAAGGAUGUAGAUGGUGCCUACAUGAACAAGGUUGAGCUGGAGGCCAAGGUUGAUGCCCUUCAGGAUGAGAUUAACUUCCUCAGAGCUGUCUAUGAAGCGGAACUGCGUGAGCUCCAGGGACAGAUCAAGGACACUACAGCCAUUGUGGAGAUGGACAACAGCCGCAACCUGGACAUGGACUCCAUUGUUGCUGAAGUGAAGGCUCAGUAUGAGGAUAUCGCCAACCGCAGCCGUGCUGAUGCUGAGUCAUGGUAUCAGCAGAAGUACCAGGAGAUGCAGAGCUCUGCAGGUCAGUACGGAGAUGACCUUCGCAACACCAAGACAGAGAUUGCUGAGCUCAACCGUAUGAUUAGCCGCCUCCAGAAUGAGAUUGAGGCAGUCAAGGCACAGCGUGUCAGCCUGGAGGCCCAGAUCGCUGAGGCUGAGGAGCGUGGUGAGAUUGCAGUGAGGGACGCCAAGGCCCGCAUCAAGGACCUGGAAGAUGCCCUGCAGAGAGCCAAACAGGACAUGGCCCGUCAGGUCCGCGAGUACCAGGAGCUCAUGAACGUCAAGCUGGCUCUGGACAUUGAGAUUGCCACCUAUAAGAAGCUUCUGGAAGGAGAGGAAUCCAGAAUUGCCGCUGGUGGUGCAUCCGCAACCGUCCACGUACAGAGCUCAACCAGCAGCUAUGGUGCCUCCUCAGGAGGUGGUGGAGGUUAUGGCAUGGGCAUGGGCAGCGGCAUGGGCCUGGGCGGCGGCAUGGGCAUGGGCGGCGGCAUGGGCAUGGGCAUGAGCGGCAGCAUGAGCGGAGGAUAUGGCGGCAUGAGCAGCAUGAGCAUGGGCGGCGGCGGCGGUGGCAGCAGCAUGAUGAGCUCAAGAGUGAGCAGCGUGAGGUCAUCCCAGCGUUUCUAAAAACAGCAGUCUUUUUCUCCAUUCUUCUUUUUCCCUCAUUUUGUUCUCACCCUUUUGUCCCCUCAGUCCCCCAGACAACCAUUCAUACCACCACCACCCCCCUCUCCCCCCUGCAGACACCGAACAGCCUCAGAAACAUUUUGCAUUUGACCAUUUACAGCUGGCAAAUCCAUGUAAUGGUACAGUUCUUUUUGGCAUUUAGUUCCUGUGUUGUUGCUCCCUCUUUGGCACCACAUGCCUACAGAGAGUCAGAGGUUACAUCAAAAUACAAGCAGAGGCAGGGAGAUUAUUAGACCAAACACAAUGAGGAGCAGAGAUUUGAGUCAGUUCACUCUUUCUUUGAUCAGUCAGCCUGGCUGUCUUUUGGUUGCUGGAUAUGCUGUCGUGUAGACUAGAAGAUACUUGUAGUAUCAUGACAGAGAAUCCUUACAAGGCAACUCAUUUUGCACACAAAAUGACAACAGCAGUUCUCAGAUUUGCACAGAAGGAGGUCCAGAUGUUACAUGGCAGACACUCAUAUGUCACACUUACAACUCCUUUUCUCUGCAAUGUCUCUACUGCUGUCUCACAUCUGUCAUUAUGCAUUUUGAUGUCAUCAAAAGCAGCCACAUAAAACACUUUUACAUUUGAUUUUUGGGAUCCUCUUUUUCUUCUCCUGUUCUGAGAGAAAAUGAGCUCUCCACUACAGUAUACAAAUGUUGUUUUGAUCCUGCUUUACUUCUAUUUUCAUUCUGAAUAAAAAAGAAAAAAAACAUGGAUAAGGCUGGCUGACUGGGACAACCAGAUUUAUUGUAACUGAAUAUGUAACAUCUUAAUGUCUGGAAUAAAUCUGAGUUCAUAUUCAUA